AUGCCAUUCGAUAACAACGUCAAGUAUAGAUUGCAGAGAAUACAGACUCUUAAUGCUGAACAAGAAAUCAUUCUUAAGCAAACUUGGGCUUAUAUGUUGAAAUACUUUGGAUACCCAGUUGACAUCAAUGCGCAAGAUUUGCCUUUUAAACAAUGCUAUGUUGCUUCUACUUCAACAACCAAUUUUGACGAAUCUCAGGCUAUUGCUACUGCUGGUUUAGCUAAAACAAAUACCAGGGGUUCCAUCAACUCCAACAAGUCAUCAGCUUCUAAAAAGAAGUUGGGUUUAUUUGGAUCUAAGAAAUCAUCAGGUGCUAGUGUUUCAAAUGCUUCAGGAGCUGGUACUGCCAAGGACUCUCCUUCAGCUAACUCUAAGAGGAUGCAUCAGAUUCAAACCCAAUCUUCCCAGGAAAGAUACCAACCUGUUGAUGUUCCUAGUCAAUUGUUUUAUGCUAUUUAUGCUCAUCACCACAAGGCUGCUUAUGAAUAUGCCGAUGAUUUUGAUGGUAGUUCAGCACAACCUCAACAACAACAACAACAAUUGAAUGGAUUUGCUGGUAAUGGCGGCGGUUAUAACGACUAUGACGAUUAUGACGAUGAUGAUGCUGCUUCAGUCAACUCAAUGGAAACUUUUGUUACUGCAGAAACUACAUUAACUGAUUAUGAUGACUUGCCAGCCCACAUUUUCAAUAACCACGGUGGUAAGCAAGCCAACGGUGGGGGAAACUAUGGUGGUAGAAUUGGUCAUCCUAACCAACACAGCAAGCACCGUGGUCACCAUGGUGGACACAACAAAAGCAACAAGCGUCGUUCCAGUCACCCACAACAACAACAACAACAACAACAACAAUUUGGUGGUGCUAGCAACCAAAUUGAUCUUUUCCAGGCUACUGUUAACAACCCAGUUACCGCCCAUUCUGAGAGUUCAUUUUAUCCGGCAAUGGCUCAAUACAACAACAAAGAGAUGCAUCAAGCAUUCGUCAAAGUUUUCCGUAACGAUUUAGUCGAUAACUUGGUGUUGAAGUUUGUUAGGGCUAGAAAAUGGGAUACUGAAAAGGCCCUUGCUAUGAUGUUGAAGUCCUUGAAUUGGAGAUAUCAUGAAAUGCCUACUGAUGAUUGGUUAAUGGAAAGUGAUGGACCUUCAUACUUAAAUGGUACCAACAAAGGGUUCAUCAAGAACUUCACUACUGAGAAGUCGUGGAUUAAAGGUAGAGAUAAGAAUAACAAUCCUAUUUUUAUGUUUCAAGCCAAGAAACAUUUGACUGCAGAUUCCCCCUUGCCUCAAAACCAAAGAUAUGCCGUUGUUACUAUCGAAUGGGUGAGAUUGUUCUUGAAGGAAGUUAGUGAAUCGGUUGACACCUGUACUAUUGUCUUUGAUUUGACGGGAUUUUCAUUAAAGAAUGCCGAUUAUGCCACCAUCAAGUUCCUUGCUGAUGUGUUUGAAGCGCACUACCCGGAAACUUUGGGAUUCAUCUUGAUCCACAAUGCUCCUUGGAUCUUUUCCACAGUGUGGAACAUUAUUAAAAACUGGUUAGACCCCGUUGUUGCUUCCAAGAUCCAUUUCACAAAAGAUGCCAAGGAAUUGAGCAAAUUCGUUGACCCAGCUUUGAUUCCUGAUUACUUGGGCGGUGAGGACACCACUAGAGGCUAUUACCCAAUUCCUGAACCUAAGGACGAGUUCCCACCCAAGAGGAAGGAUGCUGAAUAUGCCAGAUUGAAGAGAGAAAGAGACUUGUUGACUGCGAGAUUCUUUGAAACUACUAGGAAAUGGAUUGAGUCGACUAAUCCUCAGGUUUCAGACAGAUAUUUGAAGGAUAAACUUGACUUGAAUAUUGCCUUGUCGAGUAACUAUAUCCAAUUAGAUCCAUAUAUUAGAAACCCAGGUAUUUACGACAGGGACCACACUUUGACAGUUGGUCAUUAA